UUUUGUCACAAAUUUGCACGUCUGGGGCUUCCAAUUGUGCCGAUCGACACGUAUGCUAGACUGGUGGGGCAGUGUGGGCUUACCCCGUCAAAGCCGAGGCCGGUGCAACCGGCUCAUCGAUUUGAGUCUAGUCACCUCUAGGAGGUGUGCAACACCACAGAACAUAACCUGCAUGAGAACAAGAGCCGAAUGAAACCAAGCCCUACGGCCUUUAAUGCGCCUCUUUUGGGACCAGUUGCCUGCACGCAAGUGUGCUAUUCUCAAGAUGGUAAGGGGUUACCCACAUACAAGACCGAUGUUGGAGCCGUCGAAACGGCCAUUCGAGUAGUUCACAGGACAGGUAGAUCCCAGCAAAGCAAGAUGUCAGCAGCGUGUGCAAAAUCUCUACAAAUCAGAGAAGGGGUGAUGGUGUCUUACCAGUACCACGCGUGCUCUGUGGAAAAUGCAAGUAUUCCGCCUGUUGCGUUCCGCGUUCGGCACGCUUCAUCCCAUGAAACUAUAUAUAAGAUAUUGGAACUAUACAACCGCCCAUCUGGUCAUUAUAUCGUUGUUUCUAGCUCAUCGAAAUGCAUCCACAGUAGUCACAGUGCUAUCGCACAGUGAUUGGAGGCUUCAGGGCGCAUGGCGGUGAUGAGCUGUCAAGCACGAGGUGGGGCGGUACUGUUCACCACUAAACCGAAGUUGCCCAUCCAACCGCGGAGAUUCGCGCCGCCGUUAACAACAACACAACGCAGCGGCCACGAUCUACAGAUGCA